AUGCUCGAUCCUGUGGUCCUGCAGGUUAAUGCACCUCCUUUUGUGACCGAAGAAAGCAUCAGUGAACCAGGUGUGGGAAGCCUCAAACAGACUCAGCGACGAUGCUCCUUCAUUAAGAAGAAGAAAGACAGGCCCUUGAUCGACACUGGAAAUACCAAGGAGGAUCCCACAGAGGAUGUCAGCAUUCCCAAAGAUCUCGAUCUGGUGGCCCUGCCACAACUUUGCUUUCCAGGGGGGCUUCAGGUAACUCAGGAGCAGCGGGAAGAACAAUUCCACUUUUUGGUGUUCACUGACGUCUUUGGAAACCAGUCACAUGGAGUAGUUCUCCAGUACUAUAGACCUAUACAGGAAGGAAUGCUGUAUCAGAAUGGACACCAGUCCUCCAAGACGUCUCCACCAAUCUAUGCAGCCUAUGGGAUAUGUGUUAUAUCAAAAUAUCCAUAUUAUAAUGCUCUCAAGGACAGCCUGUCCAGUCUCGCAGGCCAGCUCAAAAUAGGCCAAAAGACUGAUAUGGAAGAGCAAGUGAAAGAAUUCACAGCCAAACUGGCUCUGGUCCCAAUUCCUCCUCCUGGUCAGCUGCAUGUGAUGUUCACCCUGCAUCCUCUCACAGUUGUACUUCCAUCCAGAGAAGAUAAAAAUCAACCUGUCAUUGAUCUGGACCUGCAUCUUCCAUUCCUCUGCUUCAAGUCCAGAGAGCUGCUGCAGAUCAUUACCAGUAUACUCACAGAACAGCGUCUGGUGUUCUUCUCUUCUGACUGGGCCAAACUGACCCUGAUCGCAGAGUGCUUCUUGCUGUAUAUUCGACCACUGCGCUGGCAGCACCCACUUGUGCCCAUACUCUCCCAACAGAUGCUUGAUUUUGUCAUGGCACCGACCGCCUUCCUUAUGGGAUGCCAUCUCAACUACUAUGAGGAAGUUGCCAUAGAAACAGAUGGCCUUAUUCUGAUCAAUAUUGAUGAGGGAACAGUGAGCUUCUCUGGCUGUCAUGAUGUUGACAUUCCAGAAGUUCCGCAGGCAGCUGCUCAGUGUUUUAGGAGACGAAGAAAGGGUCUUCAGCUACACUAUGACCUGGAAGUGGUUCAUCAGGGCAUGCAUACAGAUAUGAAUGAGCUGCGUAUGCAGAGAAGACACUGGCAAGACAGACUUAAUAGGGAUAUUCAGAACAUCACCCUGGAGCUAAUUGUCAACAUGUUUAGAGAUGUCAAUGAUCACCUCAAUUAUAAGCACAGAGUCUUUAACACUAAUGAGUUUCUAAGGACCAGGGAACCAGGGAACCAACCAUUUUAUAAAACGGUUUUGGAAACACACAUUUUUCACUCGUUCUUGAAAGACUGUUUGAAUGGAAAGAUGGACACAUUUAGCCGAAUGGAGCUGAGUACUCGGACACAAGUCCAAAAAUGGAGGGCAUUGGUAGAUUCCUCUCGCAGACCCACUAUAAAGCAGAUGGCUUUGAAAAAUGGCUGCUCAGAGAACAAUCCAGGUAAAAGUUUGGGCAUGAGUCCUCCUAACCUGGGUGACGAGAGCCACACGAGUGUCCCUACACUGACAUCUCCGACUAAGAUUAUUCAUGAAACAUCUCUAAAUAUACCUGCCAGACCAGUAAAGAUCUUCAAACUGCCAAGUUUCCCUCCUCCCUUGAACUAUCCAUAUGUAUGCCAUUACUUUGGAGACCUUGUCCUCCAGUUGAACAAAGCCAUAUCAACCAUCCCACCUGAUGACUCCUUGCUGCUAGCCAGAUACUUCUACCUCCGCGGCCUCAUCAACAUGCAGCGUUCCAAGCAUUUAGAGGCCCUCAGUGACUUUCAGAACCUCUACAAAACAGAUAUUGAGAUUUUUCCUGGAGAGCUGGUAAAGACGUUAGUGGACUCUCUGCAGACAGAGGAGAAAGCCCAGGCAGAGAAGAGAUCUGAGCUCAAAUGGCUUAUCUGUCAGGUGAAGAACAAAGAUAAGAGUGGGCAUGUGGAAUCAAACGAUCACGUGAAGAAGUUUGAGCUGCCCAAGACCGCCAUGUCGCUGGAGGAGUUUGUGAAGUGCACUCAGGAAGCUGACAUUGUGCGCGAUGUGGCUACAACCCAGAGAUUGUUUGAGGCUUUGACUGCUGGUAUGUUUGUACAUCUCUUUGUCACCGCAUGA